UAUUUGAUUAGCCGAGCGGCUCCGUAACUGGCCGAGAUUUGUCGAAUCAUCUGUCCUGCCCGGACUGCUGAAAGCGGCCGCUACGCCAUGUUGGCGAAGUCUCUCAUCUCUGUGAGGAAAAAAAUGAUAGAAAACAUAACUGCCGCGAGGAAAAGAUAGACCGCCGAGGGAGGUCGAAGAUUGCGGCGAUUAUUCCGUUUGAGAGAAACGAACCGAAACGGAUCCGCAGAGGUUCCGGACGGGCUAGGGAGGCUAAACCUCCCACCGUCCCCAUGAAUAGCACCGCUGAUCCGAACAGCGACUUUCCAUGAAAAAAGACGUUUGUGUUGCAAUUCCAGCUUCGUUAUCCCCGCUCGUUAGAGGGAUUUGGGGCCUGUUUCAAGUAUCUCCUCGGCUUGCUUUAUGAAUGCAAGCUAAGCGCUGUUUGUACCUUUAUUUAUUAAGGCAUUGUUUUUAAUUUUUGAUCUUUUUGCGAUGAGUUUGCCACCGAAAGUGGUCCCGAAAACCGCCGCUGUCGCAGUUAGCGGACCUGGAAGUGGCCCCUCUUCGUCGAGCCAACUGCGGGCUACCCUGACCUCCGUGUCUCUGCCGCCGGGAGCCCCAGCAGCCCCGCAGCCUGGCGUCGUACCGCCGCCUCAAAUCCCUCGGGUUCCUCCUUCCCUAGAAGAUCGAAUCUUUCCCACACAGCCUGGAGUUGCUGUCUACAACGUGCCCAGGCAUGCUGGCCCUCCUUACUCUGCUCAUGACAUCGCAAAGGGACACCCCUCGUUGGCGGGAACCCCGCCUGGUCAUGCCCACUCCCCGGCGCUCUCUCAGGUAUCAGUACCCACAGCUUCCCCAUAUCGCUACCCUAAGGGCUGGGAGGCAGGCGGAGGGUCUCCGUACAACCCCGGACAAAACGCUGGCUCUGCUCCUUUAGUGUACUCCACGCAGACGCAGCCUCAGAGCCGCCCGUUUGCGACAGGCCCUCGACCGACUCACCAUCAGGGAGGAUUCAGGCCCAUCCAGUUCUUUCAGAGGGCUCAGAUGCAGACGGCGAGACCCACCAUCCCAACCAACUCGCCGUCCAUCCGGCCCGGCUCACAGGCGCCCACUGCGGCGGUCUACCCCACCAACCAGCCCAUCGUGAUGACCAUGGCCCCCAUGCCCUUCCACUCUGCACAGACGCAGUACUACAUCCCACAGUAUCGCCACAGUACACCUUAUGUAGGACCCCCCCAGCAGUAUUCAGUGCAGCCCGCAGGCUCUGGUACCUUCUAUCCUGGUCCCGGACCCGGGGAGUAUCCCGCUCCGUACCAUCCUCUCAGGUACCAUCCUCCGGUCUCCCCCUCCGUUCCCGCCCCCAUUCCCACCGCCGGCCCCCCCUAUUACCCAGGACAGACGCUGUACCCCCCCUCAGCCCCCAUCAUAGUGCCUACACAACAGCAGCAACCUCAUCCGGUCAAGCGUGAGAAGAAACCAUCCUCCCAGAUCCGUAUCCGUGACCCAAACCAGGGUGGCCGGGACAUCACUGAGGAGAUCAUGGCGGGGGUGUCAGGAAGCAGGAACUCCACGCCGCCUGUGGGCCCCCCCUCCUCUACUCCCACCCCUCCACAGCAGCCGAGCAGCAGCCAUACUCCGGAGCAGCAGCAGCCUCCAGCUCUCCAGCAGCAGCAGCCCCACCCUGGAGGAUUCACGCUGGAGCCCCAGCAGAUGGCAGCGCCGCCGCCAGUGACCACUGGCCUUUCAGACAUCAAAUCAUGGCCAGAUGAAAUGCCAAAACUGGAGCCAGUUAUCCCCAAGUCUUCCUCUCCUGGACUCGUGCAGCCUGAGUCUCCUGUGGAGAGACUGCAGGCCGGCACCCCGGCAUCCAAGCCCUCCAGUCCGGACCAGCCAGAGCUUCCUUCCCUCCCCCACCAGGCCGCCCCGGCCCCCCUCCCGCUCUCUGUGGCGAACAGCGUUGAGGGUCCCUCAGAGUCUCCGGCUCCAGCUUCCUCUCCCUCGUCCUCUCUCGGGAACAGCAAAACGUCUCUGACCCCCCCUCAGACACUGAGCACAGAGGCGGCGGCUGCAGACCGCCCCCCGGCUGCCGCUGUUCCUCUGCCAGUCGCCCCCGCCGCUUUGAACGGCCUGGCAGACUCUGGAAACGAGCUGGACGCCGCAUCUCCUGAAGUCGCUGUCCUGCCUCCGCCCGGCCUCCAACCCCAGACCCCCGCUUACAGAGACGCCUCCCCGACGGACAGCUUGCCUCCUGACAUGAGGCCGGAAGUGCCGAUUGCCGCCGCGCUCUCCCCUCUGGCGCCCGUGGCUGUGGUCCCGGUCACGCUGACCCCGAGUCCCAUCCCAGCUCUGCCCGUCACACUCCCACCCGGCCUCCCACCUCUGGUCCAGGCCCCCGCUGAGGCCGAGGAGCUGAGCGAGACCGUCAACGCUAAAACCUCCGUCAGAGGAGAGGCGGAGCCUAGCAGCAGCAAAACGGAACCGCCAUCCUUCAGCAGGAAGAGUCCCACCACAGUCAAUCAAAGUUCCUCUGUGAUACCAAAGACCUGGAGAAAACCAAAUGACGGGAUCUCUGCUGGAGAAGGAGCGCAGAAGGAGGACGAGGACGAGCCCAGGGCUGUGGAUCAGCCUGCUGGAGACCACGCCUCUCCUCUGAGCUGCAGCCCCCUGCCCUCAGCCUUCACCCCCCCAGCUGCACCGGAGGAAAACGGCGAGACGGAGCUGGAGCCCAUGAGGAACGGAGCGGGCCACAUCUCUGAGACGGAGAGCAGCGACAGCGGCGUCACCUCCGGAGACAAGGAGAACUCUGUGGGGCCGGGACAGGACAUGGAGGAUCUGGCUGAGGCUGGCGGGAAGCGUCAGUACAACAGAGAGUUCCUGUUGGGCUUCCAGUUCAUGCCGGCAUGCAUCCAGAAGCCUGAAGGACUCCCCCCGAUCAGCGACGUCGUGCUGGACAAGAUGAACCAGAACAAGAUGCCGUCCCGGGCCGUGGAUUCCAGGAUGAUUUCCAGAGGACCUGACUUCACGCCGGCGUUCGCUGACUUUGGGAGGCCGAUGAGUGGAGGAAGAGGAGCGGCGGUGAGUCCAAAGCGGGACCCAUCAGAACGUCCUGACCCGGGUUUGUUUUCAACGCCUCUCAUUCUCUCACAGCUCAUGAGCAUGGGGACACGGCGGCCCCCACCCAGGAAGAUCAUCAUGAACGUGACGGUCAAUGACGACGUUCAGCUGAAAAAGGCGGAAAACGCCUGGAAACCCGGAAUGAAGCGGGAGAGCCCCCCCGAGGACCUGGAUGCUCAGAAAACACAGGAGCUCUUCCGGAAAGUUCGGAGCAUCCUGAACAAGCUGACGCCACAGAAGUUCAACCAGCUGAUGAAGCAGGUGACGGAUCUGACCAUCGACACGGAGGAGCGGCUGAAAGGCGUCAUCGACCUGGUCUUUGAGAAGGCCAUCGACGAGCCCAGCUUUUCCGUGGCGUAUGGAAACAUGUGCCGCUGCCUCGCUACGCUGAAAGUGCAGAUGACAGACAAGCCCAACUCCACAGUGAACUUCCGCAAGCUGCUGCUAAAUCGCUGCCAGAAGGAGUUUGAGAAGGACAAGGUGGACGACGUGGUGUUCGAGAGGAAGCAGAAAGAGCUGGACUCUGCUGCAUCGACGACGGAGCGUGAGCGGCUUCAAGAGGAGCUGGAAGAGGCCAAGGACAAAGCCCGCCGGCGGUCCAUCGGCAACAUCAAGUUCAUCGGCGAGCUUUUCAAGCUCAAGAUGCUGACGGAGGCCAUCAUGCACGACUGUGUGGUCAAGCUGCUGAAGAACCACGACGAGGAGUCCCUGGAAUGCCUCUGCAGGCUGCUGACCACCAUCGGCAAGGACCUGGACUUUGAAAAGGCCAAGCCUCGCAUGGAUCAGUAUUUCAAUCAGAUGGAGAAGAUCGUUAAGGAGAGGAAGACGUCUUCGAGGAUCCGGUUUAUGUUACAGGAUGUUAUAGACUUGAGAUUGCACAACUGGGUGUCCCGCAGAGCUGACCAGGGCCCAAAAACCAUCGAGCAGAUCCACAAAGAGGCUAAGAUUGAAGAGCAGGAAGAGCAGAGAAAGGUCCACCAGCAGCUGCUGUCCAAGGACAGCAAGAGACGGCCAGAUCCAAGAGAGCAGCGAGCUCAGAGAGAUGAUACCUGGAACACGGUGCCGAUGACCAAGAACAGCAGAACCAUCGACCCAAACAAGAUCCCAAAGAUCUCCAAGCCUCAGAUGGAUGAGAAGAUCCAGCUCGGCCCUCGAGCUCAAGUAACGUGGGUGAAGGGCAGCAGUGGAGGAGCCAAAGCCAGCGACUCGGAACUGUCUCGGACAGCUGGUCUGAACCGUUACUCCGCGCUGCAGUCAACGCCGUCACCUCAGGCCUCGACCCCGCCUCCACAGAACCCGGACUUUGACUCCAGGCGAACCCUGGGAGGCAACCGCAGCUCCGCCGUCCGAGACAAGCCCGUGGUCGCAACCUCGCAGUCGACGCGGCCCGGCCCGUUCGUCAGAGGAGGCAGUUCAAAAGAACUGCUGGAGUCGCAAAGCCCAGAGGGCCCGCAAAGAGAGCGGGAGGGAGCGGAGCCUCGCAGACCCAGCGUCACAGAGGACAAAGGCGAGCUGGAGCGCAGCAGAGUCCGAGAGGCUGGUGACUACGCUGCAGCAGUGAAACCCGAACCUGCAGCUCCGGCUGUAGACAAGCCUUCUCUGUCGGUGGAAGAGAUCGAGAGGAAGUCCAAGUCCAUCAUCGAGGAGUUCCUGCACAUUAACGACUAUAAGGAGGCCAUCCUGUGCGUGGAGGAGCUGGACCUGGGCUCUCAGCUGCACGUCUUUGUGCAGGUCGGUGUGGAGUCCACUCUGGAGCGGAGCCAGAUCACGCGGGACCACAUGGGCCAGCUCUUCUUCCAGCUGGUGCAGCAGGGCCUCCUGCCCAAAGCUCAGUUCUAUAAAGGGUUUGCAGACACGUUGGAGCUGGCAGACGACAUGGCCAUCGACAUUCCCCAUAUCUGGCUGUAUCUGGCCGAGAUGCUGUGUCCUGUGCUGAAGGACGGGGGCUUCUCUAUGAGAGAGCUCUUUAGUGAAUUGAGCAAACCAUUGCUUCCUGUUGGAAGAGCGGGGAUCUUAAUUUCAGAAAUACUGCACAUACUAUGCAAACAAAUGAGCCAUAGGACUGUCAGCUCUUUGUGGAGAGAAUCUGGCAUCAGCUGGACUGACGUUCUGCCACAGGGAGAGGACGUCCAGGCUUUCAUCUCGCAGCAGAAGCUGGAGUUUCUUCAGACGGACAGCUCCGGCUCUGAGGCGGCUCUGUCCAGAAGGAUGCUGUCUCCUGAAGAGCUGAGCCAGCAGCUGGAGAAACUCCUCCUGGAAGACAUGGCCAGUGACGAGCAGAUCUUUGACUGGGUUGAGGAAAACCUGGAUGAGUCUCAGACCAGCUCGUCUCCCUUCCUGAGGUCCUUGAUGACGGCUGUGUGUAAGGCGGCGGUGAAAGAUGAAAACAACUGCUGUCGAGUGGACACGGCCAUCAUCCAGAGGAGACUGCCUGUUUUACUGAAGUACCUUAACUCAGACACUGAGCGACAGCUGCAAGCACUUUAUGCACUUCAGGCGCUGAUCGUUACGCUCGAGCAGCCCCCGAAUCUCCUCCGGAUGUUCUUCGACUGUCUGUACGAUGAGGACGUCAUCUCGGAGGACGCAUUCUACAAGUGGGAGUCCAGCAAAGACCCGGCUGAGCAGGAGGGCAAAGGUGUGGCUCUCAAGUCCGUGACGGCCUUCUUCACCUGGCUGCGGGAGGCGGAGGAGGAGUCGGAGGACAAUUGACGAGGGAGACGCCGCAGCAGAACUGCACCCUUCAAAGCAGAACAAACGUUCAAAGUGGCUUCACGACAGGAAAACACGCCAGGGAUGUUUUCCUGCGGUACGGUUCUGACGCCAUUUUGAGUUUGGAUUCCAGCUGUGGAAGCACUAAAUAUCUGUAUCAUACAUAGAAAAUAUUUUUGUUUUAAAUUUUAACUUUUCUUUUGUUACUUUUUAAGAAGAGACUUAAAAGAUGCAUAGGUUCUGGACUCUUUAAUUUAUUAUUUUUUUAAGGACUGCAAAUAUUAAAGUUAUUUAACAUUUGCAGAUGUUCACAGUAAAAACAGGACAACAGGUUUAACAAUAUAAUGAAUUAGAAUAACAAAGUAUGUGAAAAAUAUCCUCCCUGCAACACUGAAAAACAGGGUCAAAGCAAAUAGUUUUGGAAUGAGAAAAUCUUGAAUGAACGGGAGCUUUAAGGAGGGGAAUCACGCGUGACGUGGUGCUCGCUCCACAUGAACAAACUCCUGCAGGAGCCAGACGUCAAAUCACAACCGUCUUGGGGGGAAAGUAAGUGCAACUUCAAAAAGCUAAUGGCCAAGUCCGCUAAAUACCAGAUGCUUGUAAUACUGACGACUUACAGCGCAGAUUAAAGCUUGUAAAUACAUUAAAGACAAAAAAUGUA